AUGAAAGUCUACACAGUGACUUUCGUGGCGAGUUCACUCAGUGGCAUCGCUCUGCUCUGUUGUCUCCUGGCCAUCGGUCAAAUCUACAGCAAUGUACAGGACUUUUGGUCUGAGCUUGACAUGGAGAUGAGCGCCAUUCGCACUCAAACGGACCAACUCUGGAAGGACCUCGUUCACAUCGGCAUUACUCGUCGUAAACGUGAGGCGGCUUAUGCAACCGCCGGAUCGGGUCCGAACUGCGGUCCAGGCUGUGUUGGCCCGAACUGCGGUCCAUGUGCUCCGGGGUCAUCGGGAUCUUCUCAUUCGGGUGGGGUCUCGGGCGGGGGCCCAGGUGCACCCGCAGGCUCAUUUGGUUUAGCUCCCUCGGGGCCAGGUCCUACUAGUGCUGGCUGCCAAUGCAAGAGUCCAGAACACAACAAAUGCCGUCAUGGUCCUGUUGGACCCAAAGGAGCUCCCGGUGUCCCUGGACCUAAUGGUCUUCCCGGUCUCGACGGCAAGCCAGGAUAUGACUCCGCUGACGUUACUCCCGAGAUGCAAGACACCGGUAUUUGCUUCUACUGCGCUCAUGGACCUCCAGGCCCUCCAGGCCCUACUGGUCGACCUGGCCCACGUGGAAUGAAGGGAGCCGAUGGAGUCGUUGGACAACCUGGAAAGGAUGGCAAUCCCGGAUGGCCAGGAGAGUUGGGGGCACACGGUCCACAAGGACGUCCAGGACCAGAUGGACGACCUGGCGAGAAAGGAGCCGAUGGACGUAAACCAAUUGGACGUCCCGGACCAAAAGGUCAACGUGGUCCACCAGGAGAUCCCGGACCACAGGGAUCACCUGGUGAACCCGCUCCUACUGGAGAGCCAGGACCAGCUGGACCACCCGGAGCAGCCGGAGUGGCAGGACCACAAGGUUUCGAAGGUCCACCAGGUUUCGAGGGAAAUCCAGGACGACCAGGAAGAGAUGCCGAAUAUUGCCACUGCCCAGCAAGAGGUUUCCGCGGAGGCCACGUCUCCAAGAAGAUCUAA